CACCCCAGCAGUCAUAUCGGAUCCAGAAGCGCACGACGUAAAUUAUGAUGAAGAGGAAAAUAUUCUUACUCGCUGCAGUACUGAGCUUGCAGACAUGUUCUUACAUGUAUCUUGCCGCAACAGUAUCAGAAACCGCCUGUAAAGAUAGUGAUGGAGAAGACCAAUGUUCAGCUUUUGAAAAUGCGAAGUGUGAUGAUACAGCUGGUUCAAUGAAAUGUGAAUGUUCAAGCGGUUACAAAGAAGUUGUAGUAAGCACGGAUAGUACCUGCGAAAAAGACAAGGUGUCAAAUGUUGAAUGUACAAAAGAAGCAGAAGGUCAAUGCACUCACACUGUAAAUGCAGAAUGUGAUGAGGCGGAUAGCAACGCUAAAUGUCGAUGUGUUAACGGCUACAGAGAAGAUCCUAAUGAUGACACUUCUUGCGUAAAAACGCUUGAAAGUAGUUGUUCUGGAAAUAGCGCUUGUCCAGGUGUUGUGGAUUCAGUAUGCGACGACUCAAAGUGCGUUUGUAAAACUGACCAUGAGGAAAAGGAAAAUGACUGUAUUCUCACUGUAAAAGGUACACCGUGUUCUGAUACUGAUGAUGGUUGUAAAGACAUAAGCAAUUCUAUUUGUGAUGCAGAUGCUGGAAAAUGCACGUGUAGUCCUGGCUUUACAAUGAAAGUUGACGAAUGCGUUGGCAACAAUGCCAACUCUUUCAAAACAGGAUGGAUGGCAUUUUUGCUGUUCUUCGUCUUGAAAUCUUUUAAUUAGCAGUUUUCUUACUAGCUUACGAUUUUAAGAGACACAUUUAAAAUAUUUGUGGACGUUCUUCCUAUGAUAAGCAGAGAGUGUUUAAGUAUUAAUAUGUAAAACGUGGAACUUACUUUCCAGACAAUCAGACAAUCAAUAAUAUGUCUUUUAUAUGAUAUCAAUACUUUCGUAACAUAAAUGGCGUUAGAAGCACACACAUCAACCAUCUUUAAAACAAUAAACGAUCUUAUGUUGAAUCAGAGUUGAGAUCAAAUUAAAUAUCGGUUAUUUUCAGUAUAACUCAUUGGCUUUUGAGUGGAAUUUAAUCUUGAAUUUCCGAUAGGUUAGAAAAGCAAAGAAAAAUAUAAUGCCAUUUUAUUGAUACGAAAGUUUAUUGCAUGCUUUGUAUUGGUUUAUAAUAUAUCAUAGUUCUCACAAUAUUGUCAUCAAAAAAAUAAAUUCAUAUUUCCAACCUUUAUAUGACUCCAAUAUAUAACUAUUUUGCUACUUGUUAAGUCUUGACUUUCGCGUUGGUUAUCAUUAUCUGUCUGGAUACAAAAAUCAUCUCAAAUGUUAUAUCCUAGUAAAAAAUAAUGAGUAAAUAUAAUGUUUUCAUAUGAAUUUGGUUUCAGUUAAAUGUUAAAAUACUUUUGACUGAAACUGGCCAAUGUUGGUAUUGAGUGAUAUCUAGAUGUGGAUUAUUCCUUUUAGUACUUGUAAAGCUUUGCAUGUCAAUAAGUCGUUAAAUUAUAAACAGUUGUAUGAACUUCUUAUUCGAUUUGAAAAUCGCCUAUUUCCAUUACAAUUUUAUAAGUGUGAUUUAAUGAUUAAGCUGCGUAAUGAUCAUAUAAGUAUUAUAAAUUUAUAUAGUAUAACACUCCUAACAAAGGCUAUGUGAUUAUGUGUACAUAUAUUACUCAUGAAAGGAUCAUCUUAGGUUCAGACACUAAAUGCAGUUCUCUUCAAUGAUUGGAAUAUGUUUUUUACACUUUGAUAUAUGUUAUAUAGUGUUCAAUUCAAAACUAUCUUCAACAUUUCAAAUCAACAGAAUAACUAUUGAACAACUGCUACUAUGAUAACGAUAAAAGACAUCUGCUUAAUAAACAUUUGA